AUGGAUCAACAGAAACAAACUGAACGCCUGAAAGCCGAGCUUUGGUGCGCUGUGGAUAAACAAGUGAAGGAACUUGUACCGUCAUUAAAUGUUAAAGGGAAUAUCACGUAUAGUCCUAAGUUCAUUAAUGCCCUAAUGUCGUUAACUUAUUUACAAUUGACAGAUAUUGGUACUGAUUUAGAAUUGUUUGCUAAUCAUGCGGGCAGGGGAACCAUUACGCGGGACGAUUUAAUGUUAUUAUUAAGGAAGACACCAUUACUACAAGAAAUGGUGUCAAACUUGAAUAUGAACUCGUUGGAACAAUAG